CUCCCGGAGAUGAUGACCCCCCUCAAAUGACCCCCCCCCCCGCCAGUCCCUGUUUCACUGUAGCCGUAGCCUAGGGCAGCCACCAGGGGGCAGCAGAGACGCGCAGGACCCCAGGCCUCCGGGCCUUGGAAUAAACGCUAAGACCCCGUGCAACGCGUCUGGGACUGACUGCCCCCCCGCCCCCCUCACUCCCGACCUGCAGCCCCCUGCCCCCCAGUCUGGGGGACUGGAGACCCCCACUCCUGCUACCCACAACUCUCUCCUAUAUAUGCAUAUGUGCUAAUUAACGGUUCUGAUUUACAUGCCGUGUCCCAGCCCCUGAGGGCCCUGCCUCAGUUUCCGCUCCUGGCUGAAGGGGCUGGGGGGAACAGUGCCGAGGUGGUCCAUCCCAGUGCCUUCCCUGUCUGCUGUUACACUUGGCCAUUUCCCCCACUGCCGCAUCACAGAGCUGGCUGCAUCUCAUCUCUCCCUGUGCACUGUUCUGUGCAGCUGAGGCUCCCCUGGUCCUCCCCAGAGCUGGCUGCAUCUGGGUGCCAGGUGAGCCCCCCCCCGCUUGGUGUUUAUAUGCAGCCAUUCCCUAGCCUCCCUUCCCCAGAGCUGGCUGCAUCUUUGGUGCUGCAUGCUCCCUUUAAGAGGCAGCAUUAUAUGGUGUUCUAUGUGCUAUUCCCCAGCUGUUCUACCCCAGAGCUGGCUGCAUUUUCAACCCUUGAAAAGCCUUUUCCAUAUGAUGAUAUAUACUGUCAUUCCCUAGCUGCUCCUCCCCAGAGCUGGCUGCAUCUUGGUGCUGGAUGAGCCCUCUGCAUUUGCUGUUAUAUGCAGCCAUUCCCCCAGCUGCUCCACCCCAGGGCUGUCUGCAUCUUUAGUGUUGCACGGUUCCUUUAUGGGCAGCAUUAUAUGAUGCUCUAGGUUGCCAGUCCUCAGCUGUUCCACCCCAGAGCAGGCUGCAUCUUGGUGUUGAAUGAGCUCUCUAGGGUUAGCAUUAUAUGGUGUUAUAGAUGUAUGUUCCUUAGCUGUUUUUCCUCAGAGCUGGCUGCAUGUUGGCAUCACAUGAAUCCUUCCCUUGCUGCUCUGUGCAGCUUUUCCCCAGCAGCUCCACCCCAGAGCUGACUGCAUCCUAAUUCCAGCUGAGUCCUCCCUGUCUAAUGUUCUAUGUAGCCAGGUCCUGAACUCCCCUCCCCAGAGAUGGCUGCAUCUGUGACAUCCCCAGUCCCUCUGAGGGACAGUUCUAGGGGGCUGGGGCAGGUGUGGAGGGUCCCCAAACACCAAGGUCAUGGCAGUGUUAUAUGCAGCCAUUCCCCCACUGCUGCACCCCAGAGCUGGCUGCAUCUUGGCACUGGUUAAACUCUUGGUGCUGUUCUAUACAGCCCUGGUGUCUCUUGAUUCUCCCCAAAGCUGGCUGCAUCUCAGCCGCACAUGAGCCCUCCCCUCCUCCCCCCUCCAUCUGAUGUUGUAUGCAGCUGUUCCCCAGGUGCCCUCCCCAAAACUGGCUGCAUCUCAGUGCUGGAUGAGCCCCCCUGUGGGUGCUGUUCUAUGCAGUCAUUCCCCAGCUGCUCUACCUCAGAGCUGGCUACAUUUUUGCCCCCUGAAAAGCCUUCUGAUAGCGUUGUUCUAUCCAGCUGUUUUCCAACUGCUCCAUCCCAGAGCUGGCUGCAUCUUUGGUGCUGCAUGGUCCCUUUACUGGCAAUGUUAUAUGCUGUUCUAGGCUGCCGUUCCUUAGCUGUUUCACCUUGGAGUUGACUGCAUUUUCUACCCCUGGAAAGCCUUCUCCAUGUGGUGUUAUAUGCAGCUGUUCCCCAGGUGCGCUUCCCCAGAGCUGGCUGCAUCUGGCACCAGGGAGCCUGCCUAUGCCGUGAUCAGUGCAGCCGUGUCCUAGCAGCUCCUCCCCCGAGCUGGCUGCAUCUCCCCAGGGUCAACCCCUUUCCUUGGUGCUGUUCUAUGAAGCCCACCCCCACCCCCACUUGGUGUUGUAUGUAGCUGUUGCGCUGCUGCUCUCCUGAACUGGCUGCAUCUCGGUGUUGGAUGAGCCCUCUGUGGGUGCUGUCCUGUGCAGCCAUUCCCCAGCUGCUCCAUCCCAGAGCCGACUUCUUUGGCGCUGCGUAGUCCCUUUAUUGGCAGUGGUGUUACAUGCUGCUCUAUGCUGCCACUCUCCAGCUGUUCCACCCAGAGCUGGUUGCAUCUGGCACCAGGGGGAGACUGCCUAUGCUGUGUUCAAUGCAGCCAUGUCCUAGCAGCUCCACCCCAGAGCUGGCUGCAUCUCUCCAUGCUCAACCCCCUCCCUGGGUGCUGUUUUAUGGCCUCUCCUGCUCCUCCCCAGAGCUGGCUGCAUCUCACCCCAGAUGACCCCCCCCCCCCCCGCUCCUCUCUGCAGCCCCCACUCCCCCCGCCCCUGCGGCAUGUUUUAUGCGGCCGGUCCCGCCCCAGAGCCAGCUGCCCCCCCCCCUUUCUCCACCCCCCCCCGACCCAGCCCCUCCCUGCAGUUGCUGGAAGCCGCAGCCUGACACCAUCCGCUAUGACCUCCGCCACCGCUGCCCCCCCGAGUGGUUACAGAGACUCUGGAGACCCCUUCAAGUAUGGCAGGAAGUUCAAGUGUAAACAAUCUGAGUCGAGCCUGUCAGCAGACCCCCAGCGGACAGCAACCAGUGGUGCUGGAUGCCGCCCCCUCCGGGCCAUGAUGGGGCCUGGCUGCAGACCCCCCGCCUCACUGCAUGCUGGGAGCCCCCGACACCGUCCGGUGCAUGACCCCAGCUUUGCCCCAAAGACCCCCCUCCCCCAGGAGGGAGUCCCUGGGACCCCCAACACCCCCCCCCUCCAGAGCCUGGGGGGGCAGGGCCCAGUGCUGGUCGGGGGUGGGGGCCAGAUGCUGCUGUGAUGGGAUCCCCCUGGUGCCCCCCCAGGCCUCAGAUUGCCCCCCAGAAUAAAGUGAAUCUUUUCUA